AUGUCAGUAACACUUCGUCACAGCAAUAAACACAGAUUAAACUCGGACAACUAUAAAUUAAGAAUUGAUCUUAAUUUAUCUCUGGCAAAACUUGAUUUAUCGUAUUACGCCAAAAUUCCCCGAAUGUCUCGUUGGGUAAAUAAAGUGAACAAAGUUUGGAACAACUCACUCUUCAAAUAUCCUGAACUACCAGAAUUUUCUUUAGCAGAAGAAAAUUUACCCUUUCAAGUCGGGAAGAAGAUUUCGGCGAAAGAGUAUAAUACUUUUCUCGAUCGUAACGAGUCAUCCGGAUACAAAUUUUGUUGGGAUAACAAAAAAGUGUAUGUGGUUGAAUGGCAAGCACAGAGCAUGAAGAUGCACGAGAAAUACGUUCGCUGCGUGUUUGGGGUUAAAAUUUAUCCUAAAACAUUCAUAGGAACAACUACUCAUCAGGCAAUUAUUGCUAGGUUGUGGGUGCGUCAAGUACUCCCAGGUAGUGUGUUAUCUUCAAACACAACUCUAGAGGAAGAGCGACAGCAUUUGAUCUUGUCGCAACAAGAACUCGACUUUCUACUCUUCCAAAUGGAUGCUUUAAAGAAAAUUGGAAAUAAAGUUGAUAAAACAGUCCAAAACUAUCCCAAGUUACCAAAAUUUCUUUUAGGAGAAGAAAAUUUGCCAUUUCAGAUUGGAAAAAACGGUUCAGUGAAAGAUUAUAACACUUUUCUUGACCGCAAUGAAUCGUCCGGGUACAAAUUUCGUUGGGAAAACGAAAACGUAUAUAUUGUCGACAUGGCAAACCAGAAACAUGGAGCUGUCGUAUCGGUGCUUUUUAAAUGGUUUGAUAGACCAAAUAAUGGUGUAAUACAUGGUCAUUAUGACCCAACUGUCAAUGGAAAGAAGAUAGCAGUUCGUGGAAGUAGUGCUCAUGUUCUACUACCACCAACUCGGUAUCCUGGUCCUCCCCCCAGUGACGCAAAGGGUAAUCCCCACGCAAGAAUCAUCUGUGAGGUGGCUAACCCACGAAAUAUCGUUGAUUGGAAUCAAAAAUGCGAGGCGUGGAUGCAUGAAGAUUAUGUACGCUGUGUACUUGGUAUAAAGCUUGAUCACCCAGGAGUUGAAUCUCCUGGUUUCUCUUUCGUAUUGUCUCCUCCGACGCCAGAGGCUGCAUUAUCGAAUGAAUCUUUGAAACAUUCACAACAAUGA